AUGGCAACUAUUCAUAUCCCUCAAAAUGAUGAAUCGAGCACACUUGAUGAUUUCACGUCUCUCCACCAUGAGCUUCUCCAUAAUGAGUUCCUCAAUGCUUUGCAAUCCGAGUCGGUCAUUUCUUUGUCCGAGUUUCGUCUUUUUAUAACUCAUUUGGAUUAUCAAGAAAACCUUAAAAGGGAUUCUUUUAUUAGAGAUUUUGAGGUUGCUUCCCAAACAUUUGUAAAACGCAUGGGAGAAGUCUCUAACCUUCUAAAUGAAUCCAUUCGAGAUGCUUCAUGUAGAAGAGAUGAAUUUGAGGCUAACUUGCCACCUAUGACGCAUGGCAUUGAGGAAUUGAGUAUUGGGAAUUAUAUUCCUACUCAUUCCUCCUUGAGUGAAUGCUUCGAUGAUGGUGAUGAAAAGCUCUUUGCUCCAUUUUGUUUUCAAGUGUUCAAAUCGAUUUUAAUUGAGCGUGAAUGUAAAUUUGCCCCCCAAAAAGAGCAUCAUUCUCCUCAUUGGCAUAGAGUUGUAAUGCACUUUAUGCACACAUUGCCUCUUGUCAUUGCAUAUGUUUUAUCUCAUGAAAUGUGUGCUAGUGCAUAUGAUAAACUCUUGCGAUCAUUAGCUUGUUAUUUACUAGAAAGGUACCUAAGUGGAAUAAAUGGUCAUUCUCGAUUGCAUAAGGAAAGUAAUGCACAAAUUUGGAGAAAGUUGACUACAAAUGGAGAUAUUGGAUCAUUUACGGUACCAUUCUUUGCUAUAACUUACACCUUUGCUUUUUCCCAUGCUUAUAUUGUCCAGGUCUGCAAGAUGAAACAUGAACACACCUUUUUGGAUGAACUGAACAGUACUAGCAGGGCAUACAAAGUGAAGGUGAAGGUCAUUGAGAAGGGCCGACUUACAAAAUCUCCUAAGAAAGGAGUUCUGUACCAGCACCUACUUCUGAAAGAUGAUAAGGUUGAGGCAUACAAGGAUGUUCUCGUGCACAAGGGGGGAUAUGAAAUAGCAGAUGCUCCGAUCCGGCCUUCCGAUCAACAGUGGAAGAGAAGCGAAGAUGAGCUCGACUUCCAAAUGAGUUUCGGUCGCCAAACAUUUGUCCAAUUAGUGAAUCCUGAAGCAGGACCUAUUUUGCCAGACUACCGCUACCUUGCAUAUGUUCCAAGGGUUGGGGAUCCGGAUGAUAGAUACGAUGUUCUUGGUGUCGUUCUGUACGUUGAAGAAGAGGCACGGGAGAUUAAAACAGGUCAGCACCGCGUUGCUCUGGUCCGUGAGAUUUUUAUCACUGACCACGGCUCUGAACAGCCAAUGGUCAUUUUUGCUUGGAGUGAUCUUGCUGCGGCUGACUGUGAAUAUCUCUCGCCUUGGGCAGAGAAAUUCAAAGUGGUUGGGUUCACUUCUCUGCGGGGUACUUCCCACAAAGGCUUCUCCCUCUCAACAAGCAUGUCCACUGUGAUUAUUCGUGAUCCAAUCGGAGCUAGGGCAAAUGCGCUCACAGAUUGGGCACUGAAUCACCAGGACAUCCUCGCUAACAGACAGGCUAGAGUCUUGGAUGUUAGGAACCCCUCGCCAAUAAGGGUGAUCAUAACCCUUGAUGAUCUCAACCAGAAGACAAACAUUAAUACAAUGCAAGAGGAGCGCCUCUGGGUGAAAGUUGUUGUCCCCGAGCUGGACUUUGAUAGGGUGCAUGCAUACAUAGGCUGUUGUAAUUGUGGCAGACGCACAGAUGUUCCAGUGGGGAAAGCCUACACAUGCACCAACUGUUCACAUAAGGGAUCUAUGUCUUGUCCCAGGGUAACUACCAACUGUGACAUCUCUGACAGUACAGGGACACGUUCAGUAACCAUGUUCACUUCGGGGACAAUCCCCAAGAAGAAUCAAAGGAGUAGCAAUAAAUAAAAUAAACAAGGAAAAAAUGGGAAAGGAAAAAAAUUACAAGGAACCUUCUUGGAUCUACUGUGCAGGUGAGAGUGAAAUGGUGAAAGGUAAGUGAAAGUAAAAUGGAAAGGAAGUAGAAAUAGAUGCUUUGUUGGUAUUAAUUUGUGGACAGAAUUGUAAUUUCACAUGACCUAAUGCUAUCCUCUAAUUAGAAAAGAUGACAGGAGCAACCUUUUUGGAAUUAGCGGAAUCAUCUCAAUCCGCUAACAACCAAACACCUACAUUAGAGGAUUGAGUUGAUCAUACCUCUAAAUGGGUUCAAUCCUCUAAUUUUUUUCUCAAUCCUCUAACGACCAAAUAGGGUCAAUUCCUUAUUGGAAAAUUAGUUUACACCCUUGCCAAAACAAACAACGAAAAUGAUUGAAAAAAAAAAAUUCAUUUUUCAGGAAGAUAUUGUAUUAUACACUAAAUCAAAUUCCUUAAAUGACCAAUUCAAAUACAAUAUCAAAAGAAUUACUUCCUAUGUUCUAUUUUAGUUGCAACCUUUACUGUUCAACCCGAUUUUUGCAAUACAAGUGGAAAUGAAGUACAUUAUAUUCAUGCCCCCAUUUUCUAAUAUAUUUAGGGGGGAAAGUGGGUUAUUAAAUAUGGAUAUGGGUAAUUUGGUAAACUCAAGUGGAUAAACUUACCAAAAAUAGAAAGAUUACAGCUUAAAAAAUAUUCUAAAUAGAAAUGUAAGAAGUAUGAUUUUCAAAGAUAUAAAAAAACUUAGAAUUACCACCAAUGAAGGACCCACUACGGGGGCAUGGGGGCACGUUCCACCUGUUAGGUUAUGAUACAUAUGACACUACAUAGAUCAUGCGGAAACAACCAUUAACCCAGGACAACAUAUUAUUUACACAUAAUCAUAUAGCAUAAUUUAGAUGCAUACUCUUUGUUGCGUGCCCUCCCUAGCUGCGCCCGAACCGAACAAGAACAAGUCUUUUAGGACUCCAAGUGUCGUCCCUCCGUAGAUAGUCCACAGCA